UCAUGGGAGACACAACUUGACGGUUCGUCUUCAGUAAUAGACGCACUUUCAUAAUCAGAAUUAGUGAAUUGGUGAACAGCAUCGGGGCGAGGAACAACGAAUUGGGUAAAACAGCAUUUCCCGGAGCAAUAAGUUAAUUAUUUAUCUGAUUAUUUUUCAAGUGUUCUACAUCAUCAAAAAGAUGAUAACGAGUCUAAUACUGCUGUGUACAUUUGCAUCCAGUCUAACUGUUGAGAUCCAUGACCUCAUGACGGAAGACGAAAUUCAAAGGAUCUUCCGUGUCCCGCGGCAUGCAGUCCCUGCUUAUGAGGUUGUUCCUGUGUUGCAUACGCUACACAAGCGACGUGCAGACGAAGAACAAGUGGUGAAGAUGAAGGCAUUCAAUAGAAACAUAAAACUCUACUUGAAACCAACCGAAGGUAUUUUGUAUGGACCUCACACGCCCGUUUUUACAGUAGUACCAGACAAACAACAACCUCGAGGUUUGAGGUAUACGAAAGUUCGUAAUCCUUACGAAGGAAUCGGCGUAUCCUAUCAAGAUGUGCUCACCAGUUCAGCACUAAUUCUGACUGAUUUGAUUGAUGGUUCAGUAGAAAUGGUCGGCAACAUUCUGAAUGAUUUGUUUAUCGAACCACUACCCCACCAUCUUAAAAAUCUCCUUCGAGACAAGCGGAGCAUCAACGAAACGAGUAAUGCCUUCGACCAAACUCAUCAUCAUAUUGUCUUCAAAAAACCUCAUCCAUCUCACGAUGAGGUUCGCCAGGGAAUGAAGUUAGUGAGACGUGAUCGAGUUCAUCAAGAACGUACACGAAGAGGAAGAUCAUUGGAGGCAGCUCCUGAUGUGAUUACCCCCGAGAUCUUGGUCAUUAUGGAUUACUCUCUUUACCAAACGCAGAACCAGAAUUUCAAAAGGGCUGUGCUGUAUCUGUUGAGCUUCUGGAAUGCUGUCGAUCUUCGAUACAGAACGAUGAGUGAACCCAGAAUUCGAUUGAACAUCGCUGGAAUCAUUAUUUCAACUAAAAACGGUGGGACCCCAUUCUACGAUAAUAACAAAAGAGAAGAAACUGAAGUAGACGGUGAUCGGGCCCUUCAGCAAAUGAGCAAAUAUUUCUACGAAGAGAAGCGGUUUCCAUUUUCGAAAUACGAUUUAGCAAUGGCGAUGACUCAUCUGGAUAUAUGCAAUAUGAUCGACUCGUCUUACUGUGAUACAACAACAUUAGGUUACGCAUACGAAGCUGGUGCCUGUAAUCGAAGUGCCAUCGAUAGAAAUACAGAAGCAGUUGGCCUUGUUGAGGAUAACGGAGGCUACAGUGGGAUAAUUCCUACUGCUCAUGAAGUGGGGCAUUUAUUAGGUGUUCCACACGAUGGAGUAGCCGAUGCUAAAGACUGUCCAAGUUAUAGAGGAUUCAUCAUGACUUAUUCCCUCCGACUUGGCGAGAACAAUUUCUACUGGUCCAACUGCACUGUCAGACUAUUCCGGGAAUUCAUGAACUCUCCCGAUGGCACAUGUUUGUACAAUUCUCCUCGCCGUGAUACUCGGUUGCGAACAAUAUUGCCGGGGAAGGUACUUACGUUAGACGAACAGUGUGGAAAAGUUUAUGGCGCCAAAGCUUGCAAAUAUGACGAGAGCGUCUGUACGAGACUAGAAUGUUAUAAUCCGAAGAAUGGGUUCUGCAAAGCUAAUACGGCAGCGGCUGAGGGGUCAAAAUGUGGCGAGAAUAUGCAUUGUUUAAAUGGCCGCUGUAUACGUGUCAAUGCGACUGAAUUAGCGGAGCCACCAAAUUUUGAAAAUCAACUGUUUCGACCGCAUCGAUUCCCAAAAUUCCAGCCCAGGGACUGGAUAUCUGGCGCCAAGAACAGAUCAGAUUAUAAAACCAAAUGAACAUUGAAUAUUGUGCUCACAAUUGCUACAAACCCAGUUUAAAUUAUUAUACGUAGGUAAUUUUGGUAGACUAAAUCACGGAGAAUCGGUACAGACGUGAUAUAUAAAGGACCGGCUGAUGAAUUUCAAGGUUCAUCAGUCAAACUCGCCGUAGGCUAUCAAGUCUUUACCGUUCACUUAAAGAGAGUUUUAUGUGCAGCGAUUUUCCAUUCAUUCAUUUCCUCAUUAACAUUUAUCAAGGGUAAUGACAAUAGUUGAUAUAAUUUGUAACAAUUAUCAAGAAUAAAGCUUUGCUGGUCAAGGUGGA